AUGGCAUCAGCUUCCGUUGGCCAGCCUGAAGCUGCUGCCGGACGAAGCAUAGUUCAAGAGGAACGGCAAAGCAUCCGUGUGGCGACCACUGGUGGGGGCUUGGGCGGACUGGAAGGAGCUGACGCGAGGUCAGAUAGCAGCGACACAGUUGGCAGUGCGGUUUCUUCAGGACACAACCAGGGGGUUGCUCCGGAGGAGCAACAAGGUGUGAACGCAAACCCGUCCGAUUACAUCAAGCCCAAGUUCCUCUACAACCCGGGCCCGGAGGACAGGGGAGAUGAGGAAGAGCUGCUGGCGCGUAAGCGGGCCGAAGAAGCACAGGACGCGAUUCCGGGCGUCGGAGACGUAUUCUCCGGACCGGGACUUUCCUCUGGGUUGUCCUCUGUCGCAUCGGGCGCGAUCCCUGCGGUAAUCAACCCGGCGGGGACGAACCCGCUAGGAACGAGUCAAGGGGAGCAAGCAAGUUCUGCCCAAGGGGACUCUGAGGGGCGGGCGGAGAACGGGACUCCUUUCUCCAUCUUGGAUUCGUUGAUCAAUCCGGACGCGCUAAUCGCCAACUUGAGCAAGCCUUGGGGUCUGUGGCAAGGGCAGUCCAAUGGCGACUCGGGUAACGCAUUCCAGUCGGUUUCCCAAGUGGAUGAAGGGGACUUGCCAGGCCAAUUGGGAGUGGCGCAGGAUGCCCUGGAAACGGAUAAUGGUUUGUCGGAAAGAUCGGGCGGAGAACAAAGCAGUCGAUUCGACGGUGAGCGGGAACACAGGCAGAAUCAGGACGAUCUGUAUCAAAGCACCAUGGGCAAAUUGUAUCCGUACCCGAGGCCUGUGGACUCACUCGGGUCAUCAGAGGAGACGAGAGAGAAUACAGCCAGACCAGGCGACACAGCGACCACGGCGUACCAAGUGCAUAACGACCACGUCGCACGUGCGAGAGAUAACGCACACACAAGUAAGGACGUGUCGGUCAUGAAUGUGGAUGUAUCGAAGACCGGCUCCAAGCCUACCGCAGUUGUACCGCUAGAUUCGUCAGGGUUGGAUCCCAUUAAUUCGGAAGAUGGAGAGUACACGGACAUUUCGAAGCAAGUGCAUCCAGCCACUGCGCAUGGGUUUGCGGGAUUGAAAAGCAUCCUGGCCAAGCUGGGGCUGCUGGACGAGGAAGUGCCUCACGGUGAGGCUUGGACGGAGAUUCCAGUGUCGAGCAACGAUGUCGACCCCGUGUGGGGUGUCCAAGAGGUAUCCGGAAGUCAAGCUGCAGCAAUUCACAAGGACCGGGUUCAAGACCGAGAGAAAGCCAGGCUGGAGGCGCUUCAAAAGAAAGGUCGAGAGGAAGGUCACGAGAAGGGUGACGAGGAAGAUCGCGAGAAGCGCAGUGGGAGCAACGACUUAAACCGAUAUUGGGAACCAAAGAGGCCAGAGGUAAAAUCCGACGAGGCUCCUGCAAGUGGUCGCGGUUCUAAGUCGCUGCAGGCGUUCUCGGACAAGUACAUCGCCGGCGAGGUUGCCCACCCGUCCGAGGAACAGCUUACCGAACUGGACGAGUGGCUUGAUGACAACGAACCCAGUCAUGACCCCAGCAGUGGCGUGUUCAUUGUGGAAGGCGAUCUACCGCCGUACUUUGUGGACCCGAGGAAGCACAUGGCGCAGUCCGAAUAUCAGCUACCGAGGCCUACAUCACGUUACCGGAUCGGUUCUGGAGGCGACUCUGUUGCGCUGAAUAAUGCUGGCGAUGGAUCUAUGAAUGACGCCGGCAAAUAUGCCGGCAAAUAUGCUGGUGAUUACGCCGGUAAUUAUGCUGGUAAUUAUGCUGGCAACUACGCUAGGGCUGAUGAGGACGACUACGGUCGGGAAGAGCACGACUACGCUGAGGAAGAGGACGACUACGCUGGGGAAGGGGUGGGAGAAGACGCGGGG